GCCCGCGACAUCCCCCAGACACUGUGGAACCUACAAAUUCCCCUCUUCAUCACGCACGUCUCGCAGCAACCCGGCGCCGGGGCGGCGCCCUUCAUCACCACGGUGCCGCGCUUCGGCUACCUGGCGCUGCUCCUCCCGCGCUUGAGCGCCUACUACGGCACGCCCUGCUCGAGCUUCCACCACGAGGAGGUCCAGCUCCGCAACCUGGCCGCCGGGCUGCUAGUCGACCUGUACCAGCCCGCCCUGCCCUGGCGCCUGGUUGUCGGAGACGGGCCCGAGUGGGACAUUGCCGACACCUUCAUGAACUCGGCCAAAGAGGCCGACUUUGUCCGCAAUGGCAACGCCAAGCAGAUCAUGAGCCUGUCCAAGGAGCACACCACUUCGCUGUGGAAUGCCGUUCAGGACAAUGACUACGCCUCCUUUGUCAGGGUCCACAGCCGCCUCCUCAACGCCCCGACAGCGCUCAAAAACGUGCCGAUACGGAUCUACAUACCCUCGUCGCCGCUGAACCCAGACGAGAUCUCGCAGGGUUCCUUCAAGGUGAUGCAGACGCUGGUGCCGCCACGGAUGCCCAACCGAACUCCCCAGACGCUUGGCGCCGCCCUGAGGACUAUCCUCCCUCCCCUUUUCCCCAGCAGCCGAGAUCCCGUUCUCGCAAAUGUCAUUCUCCACGGUGCAUCGGUGCCGUUCCAGGCGCCCCUCGAGGAUCUGAUGCGCGAAGCCGCGUACCCGGAUGGCUGGCUCUGCCUGAUUGUGGUCUUGUUAUGA